CCUCAGUACACCAUCAAGUUGGCAGCAUUAAACUUUCAACCAAACAAAUCUCACAAGAAAGUACUAAAGAAAAUUAGAAAGUUUAUUCAGAAUGGAGAAAUGUCUCAUUCAACAAGUGAUGGGACUGUUGGAGAACCAAUGGAUUCUCAGGCCAUUAGCCCAGUUUCCUACAAUGUAUCCAUUCCAGAAAAGCCUGAAAUCUCGAAAGAAGAACUAAAACCACUGUAUACCAAACUAGAGGAAUCGGAACAAGAUCAGCAUGAGAAAGUUUUACAUUCACAAAGUUACUCUGGCAUUAAUGACCAAAAGGCAGAUUGCAUACAAAGUGCUAAAGUUCAGACUAUAGUCACCUCAACUCCAAAACCAGGCAAAGGAGCCGAUGCAAAUAAGCCACCCUGCCAUAAAGCCAAAGAUAUCCGCAAGGAACGUCGCAUGCAGAAACAGUUACUUCAGCAAUCCGAUAACACUUGUUUGUCACCCGAAUCCCCUGUCAUCAAACCCCCAAAACCUCAGAAUGUCAGUCGCAGCAAGACUUUAGAGGAGUUCAUCUCUGUGACACAGUUCGAACCCACAGCUCACACUCUGGAGGUGAGACUUGUGAGGUCUUCUCCUCCCAGUUCCCAGUUCAAGUCAAGUUUUCAGGAGUCUUGCCAGGUCUAUAAACACAAAUCAGAUGACCAUUCACGAGGACUGCGUAAACGUACAGUAAUUCCGUAUAGCAUCUACAAGAAGAGGCGAAUAGGGCAAAAUGACGAGGGGGAUGUUAGACAAUACACAGGGCUAGUCGGACAGACCUGCGCAGAACGCACAGUUCUCUACUGCAUGUGA